UGGGACCUAGCUGUUACCCCUUUGAUGUACAGAGGUUGUGUGAACGUAAAAUUAAUUACCCGAUUGUUUUGUUUUUUUUACCUCUUCAAGCUAAAAAAUGAACAGAAUCUACCGAAAAGCGAAGUGUAAAGUGACACCACCCAGCCCCACUGACUGUAUCGGGAAUGUAUGUGACACGGCGAGGGAGGAAACCUCACAAAAAAACACAGAUAAACACCCUUCAAAGAAGAUGAAAUUAGAUAAUAAAUCCAAUGCACACGAUACACUCUCUGAAGAUAAAAGCUCUCAAGCAAUUUGCAAUGUGGACUCUGCCCAAACCAUUUCAGUACCAAAGAACAGAGAGAGAAGAUGUACAAAGAUAAGAAAAAACACCCGCACUUCCAAAAGUUCUGAUAAUCAUUCACAUCGCAGUCCAAAGGAUGGGAGGAAACGUGGCAAUGUCUUGUCUAAUGUAAAUCAGUCAAAAAUAAGUAAGAAAAAAGCAAUUAUCCAAAUGGAUAGCGUUCCUUUUUUAGAUGAAGACAGCAAUCAACCCAUGCCACUAGGACGCUUCUUUGGAAAUGCUGAACUUAUGCAGGACAUUACUCCAGUGGUACCUGCUUCUGCUUCUAUGAGCAGAAGAGAGUUUAGAAAUCUUCAUUUUAAGGCAAAAGAAGAUGAUGAUGAUGAUGACUUCAUUCAUGAAAAUCAAAUCUAAGACUCAGAAGAUGAAGAACUGUCUGAGCACAGAGUGUCCGAAAGUAAAAUCUCAUGCAGUACUUAUGGCGUGUCCCAUAUAAGAAAAAUAAGAAAAAAUAAACACGGCAAUUUAUGAAGUGCUCAUACCACAAUUUCAUGAAACUCUGUAGUGGAAGAAUUUUCUUCUGUUCCUGGAAUCAAUUUAAUACAUUUUAAGGGGACUCUCCAAACAUUAGUGAGGAGAAAAACAUUGUUAUUGAAGUGGUCUCACUAGAGAGCUUCUUUGCAUAUUGGUUCCCAUAACUAAAACGUUUGUAUGCCUCUCUUUAUAUUUCUUUUGAUUAGGAUAUUGAUAUUCAUUAUCAGCUGAUUGUUUAAAAUCAUAGUAGCAGCUACGUAAUUGGUGUGCAAUUUAUAUUGAAAUGUGCAAAUUACAUUUUCAUAGUUUAGCUGUCAUUAAAAGAAUGUAACAACUGCUUUAAAGACAUAUUUUCAGACAGAAACCAAAUGAAUGCUGUAUGAAAGCUUUAAUUAAAGGGAUAUGAAACUUACAUUUUUUUUUCAUGAUUCAGAUACUCUUAGCGCACACAAUUUUUUUAAAAAAAAUUCCUUUUAUCUAAUUGGUUUUAUUCUCUUGGUAUCUUUUGUUGAAGGAGGAGCAAUGCACUACUGCGAACUAGAUGAACACAUUCAAUGAGAAGAGGCUGACUCCCAGUAGUGCAUUUCUUCUCCUGACCCUACCUAGGUAUGCUUUUUAACAAAUGAUACCAAGAGAACAAAGCAAAUUAGAUCAUAGAAUUGAACGGGAAAGUUGUUUAAAAUGGCAUGCUCUAUCUGAAUCACUAAAGAAAAAUUGUAUGUUUCAUAGCCAUUUAAAAAUGCAUGUAGUUGUGAAUCUAACUAUUCUUGUUUGUAAUACAGAAAGUUGCAAAUCAAAUUCAGAUCUCCAAAUUAAUUUAUGUUGGGCUGGAACAAAGAAAAAGAAUCCGUCCACUGUAUAUACCAUUUUUUUGGCCUCCUAUUUGGUGGUCGAGAAUGUAUUCUUUAUCUUGUGAAUAUGUGUAUAGUGUGUAUAAGUACUAGUAUAACAUUUGUUUUCCAUGUUUGAUAUAUGUGCCUAAAUUAAAACUUGUAUAAUUAAACAUAAAACAUAGUCAAUUGAUAAUCUUUUCAGAUAUAUUUGUUCCUUCAGAUUUACUAAGUAGAAGUCUACUGUGGGUAAUUUUCAUACUUUAUUUUAUUUUUCUAAGUGCUGUGUGGAUCAAGGAGGCUGAUCACCCUUAAAGGGACACUGAACCUAAUUUUUUUUCUUUCAUGAUUCUGAUAGAGUAUGCUAUUUUAAGUAACUUUCUCAUUUAACAAUUACUAUCAUUUUUUCUUCGUUCUCUUGGUAUCUUUAUUUUAAAAAAGCAGGAAUGUAAUGCUUACGAGCCGGCCCAUCUUUGGUCCAGCACCUGGGUUCAGCUUGCUGAUUGGUGGCUAAAUGUACCCACUGAUUUGCAAGCGCUAUCCAGGGUCUGGACCAAAAAUGGGCCGGCUCAUAGGAGUAAAUUAGAAAGUUGCUUAAAGGGACACUGAACCCAAAUUUUUUUCUUUUGUGAUUCAGAUAGAGCAUGCAAUUUUAAGCAACUUUCUAAUUGAUUCCUAUUAUCAAAUUGUCUUCAUUCUCUUGAUAUCUUUAUUUUAAAUGCAAGAAUGUAAGUUUAGAUGCCGGCCCAUUUUUGGUGAACAAACUGGGUUGUUCUUGGUGAUUGGUGGAUAAAUUCACCCACCAAUAAACAAGUGCUUUCCAUGGUCCUGAACCAUAAAAAUAGCUUAGAUGCUAUCUUUUUCAAAUAAAGAUAGCAAGAGAACAAAUAAAAAAUGAUAAUAGAUGUAAAUUAGAAACUUGCUUAAAAUUGCAUGCUCUAUCUGAAUCAUGAAAGAAAAAAAAUUGGGUUCAGUAUCCCUUUAAAAUACACUGGAAAAUGUGUAGUAUGGAGACUCAAUUGUAUCUAUUAUUCUUAUCUAGCUGUUACUUUUGAUUAUUUGAAAUAGAAAAGCACACUAAAUCCGUCCAGAGUUUUCCCACUAUUAACAGCUAUAUUUCCAAUUUAUAGUGAUUCUACUUUAAGGGGAUAUGAGACCCAAAUUUAUUUAUUUCACAAUUCAGAUAGAGCAUGCAAUUUUAAACAACUUUCUAAUUUACUUCUAUUAUCGAAUGUUCUUUGUUCUUUUGGUAUCUUUAGUUGAAAAGCAGAGACAUUUCUGGAGCACUAUAUAGCAGAAGUUUUGCAAGAAUGUUAUCCAUUUGCAAGAACACUAUAUGGCAGCACUAUUUUCUGCCAUGUAGCGCUCAAGAUGCCUACCUAGGUAUAUCUUCAACAAAGAAUACCAUGGGAAUGAAGCAAAUUUUAUAUUAGAGCAUACAAUUUAAAAAAGAAGUUUCCAAUUAAUUUCUGUCUGAAUCACAAAAUAUUUUUUGGUUUCUUAUCCCUUUAAGUUUAGCAUUAUAGAUGAUACAAUAAACUGACUCGCAUAGGCAUAUCCUUUGUUAAAGGGAUAUUACACUUAUUUAUUCUUUUGUUCUGUCUAAUUUUGUUACUUUCAUAACUAAAUUGUGUAUAAAUGAUCUUUUUUUUUUUAUUGGAAACCUUUAAACAUUUUUCCCAAAAGAAUAAAAAAUAAUAACUUUUGAAUAGUUCAAAACAUUUUUUUAGUUUGAUAACCUUUUAGAGUAUUGUCUUUCCAUCCUGUGAAGAUAAAAGCUGUUUAGAUUGUCUUCCCAAUGUCUUUUUUUAAUAUUCCAACUCUGCAGUUCUGUGAUUGAAUCUAUUAGUACAUUUAUUUAUUAGAGAAAAAUGUAGUUAUGGAAAAUUACACCAAUUAAUUAUUUCUGGCCAACAUACAUUUUGGUGUUAAAGGGACAGGACAUUUUCUUAGAUCUAACACAUCUAAUUAACCAAUCACAAGAGACAAAUGUGCAGGCAUCAAUCAACAGCUAGCUCACACUAGUGUAGGAUAUGUGUGUAUUCUUUUUUUUUUUUUCAACAAGGGAUACCAAGAGAACGAAGCACAUUUGAAAAUAGAAGUGAAUCUAAAAGUGCCUUAAAAUUACAUGCUCUAUCUGAAUCAUGCAAGUUUAAUUUUCCUAUCCUUUUAAAGGGGACACUGAACCCAAAUUUUUUCUUUUGUGAUUCAAAUAGAGCAUGAAAUUUUAAGCAACUUUCUAAUUUACUCCUAUUAUCAAAUUUUCUUAAUUCUCUUGGUAUCUUUAUUUGAAAUACAAGAAUGUAAGUUUAGAUGCCGGCCCAUUUUUGGAGAACAACCUGCGUUGUUCUUGCUGAUUGGUGGAUAAAUUCAUCCACCAAUAAAAAAGUGCUGUCCAGAGGUCUGAACUAUUAAAAAAGCUUAUAUGCCUUCUUUUUUAAAUAAAGAUAACAAGAGAACGAAGAAAAUUUGAUAAUAGGAGUAAAUUAGAAAGUUGCUUAAAAUUGCAUGCUCUAUUUGAAUCAUGAAAGAAAAAAAAAUUGUGUUCAAUGUCCCUUUAAGUAUUAAGUAUUAUAGUCAGAUUUUUUUUUUUUACCUUUUACAGUUCCUAAAAUAAUAUGAUUUAUUAAACUAAUAGACUAGGUUUAUAGUUUAAACCUUGCUCUUAUAAGAAGGUUGAGAGAAACAUUAUAAAGUCAAGAUGCUGCCAUCUAAUUUUUUAUUUUUUUAUUCACUUUUUGUGAAAUUUGUAUCAUUUUGGAUGUAUUAAAAAAUCCAUUUUGCUUUAUAUAAGGAAAUGCAUCAGAUGUUGGCUUAUUAAAGAUCGUAACAUGCAUGACCUUUCACAUUGCAUAAUUUCUAUUGUUUCUGAAAACUAAACAUUAGUACAUUAAAUAUAUUCUUAGCUGGAGGGGUAGUGUGGGACAAGUUUAACAAUUUAGAUAAAUAUUUUAUAUACUAUUUAACAUUUUUAGUUUAGUUUAUAAUCUUUACAUGCCAGUAAAACUGAGUGUGAUGAAUCAAUGUAGAUAGUUGACAAGGAAAAACAUAAGGGGCCUCAGCAUAAGCGCAAAUUUAUAUAUAAAAGCUUUUCAUAUGACACCUGCAUUAAAUUAAAAUUUUAUGUGAGACUGAUAAGAGUCUCUUUAAAGGGACAUAAACCCCAUGUGUUUUGCUUUAUUCUCUUGGUAUCCUUUGUUGAAGGAGCAGCAAUGCACGUCUGGGAGCUAGCUAAACACAUUUGGUGAUCCAAUGAAAAGAGGCAUAUAUCUGCAACCACCAAUCAGCAGCUAGCUCCCAGUAGAAAAUUGCUGUCCCUGAGCCGAUCAAGGUGUGACUUUUGAACAAAGAACUUCAAGAGAACAAAGAAAAUUAGAUAAUAUAAGUAAAUUGGAAAGUUGUUUAAAAUUGCAUGCUCUAUCUGAAUCAUGAGUUUUCAUUUUGGCUUCACUGUUCCUUUAAAGGGAUACUAAACCCACAUUUUAUUCUUUCAUAAUUAUGAUAGAACAUGCAAUUUUCAGCUACUUUCUAAUUUACUCCUAUUAUCAAUUUCUCUUUGUUCUCUUGCUAUCUUUAUUUGAAAAAGCAAGAAUGUAAGCUUACGAUCCAACCCAUUUUUGGUUCUGCACCUAGGUAGCGCUUGCUGAUUGGUGGCUAAAUGUAGCCACCAAGCAGCAUGCGCUAUCCAGGGUGCUGAACCAAAAAUGUGCGGCUCGUAAGCUUAGAAUUCUGCUUUUUCAAAUAAAAAUAGCAAGAGAACGAAGAAAAAUUGAUAAUAGAAGUAAAUUAGAACGUUUCCUAAAAUCGCAUUGCUCUAUUUAAAUCAUGAAAGAAAAAAUGUGGGUUUAGUAUCCCUUUAAGUUCAGUGUAAUCUGCAAAUGUAUGUUUGGCAGCACUAAAACACAGACAUAUCAGUUUUAGGACGACCUAGAAGUUUCUAAUUUACUAAGACUAAACCUAUUGCAUUUUAUAGGACCCAUGCAAGGGGAAAACAACACUUAAUUUGAGAACAGUCCUUGAUGUAUAUUUCAUUAUACAAUGUACAUUUUGUUUUCCUUUCUGAACCAUGCAUGUUUUUUUUGUUUUUUUUCUGUGUACCUUUUUAAUUGUGUCAUGUAAAUACUUUCAUGUCUACAUUAAAUUAAUUUAAAACAAAAAACUACUGUAUAUUCAAAUGAUUUCUGUAAACCAUACACAUUUUUACAUUUUGCUUUGUGGAGCUAUAUUAUUUGUUCUUUUGUAUAACAUUGAUUGUACUGUGUGGUUGCAGCCUGUCAUGGGUUACUAUACCAUCCUAAUAUAAAUGUUAUUUUUUAAAAAAUAACAACAUUGCUAUAUAAAAAAAUACAGUUUAUGUUAUCUUUUUAUUUGCUUAUUUUCAAAAUAAAAUGUUUAUCUAUAAA